AUGCUCUCUCAGCCAACCACUUUCAUAGUUGAGGCCUUGUAUACGGCCUUUCUCUUCACAAAAUCCGAUAUAAAGACGACAGUCAUACCAAUAACAUCCUUCGCGGCUGCAGCUGCACCGCUGUGUGGGUUGGCUCGUCUCCCUCAAUCCGUUUUUUGGAUCUGGCUGCACCUCCUUCAGUUUGAUGUAUCGAACCAAACGCUUAGCCCGGAGGAGGACGAGGUCAACAAACAGGAUCGCCCUCUACCGUCCAAGCGCAUCACGCUUCGAAAUGCUAUUUUCCUUAGAUGGGUCUUGAUUCCUGCAUGCUGGGCUUUGUCAGCGUUCUACAGCCGCGAGGUUCUUUGGGCGAGCAUGUCACUAGUGCUGUUUACAGUCAUAUACAAUGAGUGUUCAGCCCACGCCGGACACUGGCUCGUCCGAAACGUAGUGAAUGCCGCUGGGUUUGCUUCGUUUGAGGCGGGAGCCACUCUCAUUGCUGGUCCUAAUUCUCAUACACUCGACACGACUGCUAUCAUUGCUAUCUGUUGUAGUGCGGGUAUAUUUGCCACAACUAUCCAUAGCCAAGAUUUCAAGGAUAGGGACGGCGACAAGGCCAUAGGUCGCCAUACGAUUCCCAUUGUCGCCCCAGCCAUCGCGCGGUACACAGUCGUUAUACCACUUUUAUUGUGGUCUGCAUUCCUCUCGAAUUUGUGGCAACUCGAUGUCGUAGCCAGCUGUGGAUUCUUGAUCGUGGCGUUAUUCGUUGGUGUCCGGUUUUUAAUAUUCACUACCAUUGCCGCUGAUCAAGUAUCAUUCUAUUGGUACAACGUAAGUUAUGAGAGUCGUGUUUUAUGA